GUGGGUGCUGCUUGCUUGCUUCACCUUUCUGCCAUUCCUUUCUUUACUUGUAGUCUCAAAGACUCAACUCCUUUUCUUUUCUAAUUCAAAAGGCUAUAACUUGUCCCUUUUUCCUCAAUAUGCUUCUCAAAGGUGCUACCAUGGUCAAUCCUGUGUCUGUACUGUCAGAUCCAAAGAAUAGAUCAUUCUACUGCAGUCUCUUCAUUGUAGUUUCAUUGGUUACCGGUGCUUAUUUCAUUGGUGGUGCGUCCAUUGCUAAGGAGUACAAGGAAAAAUUAACUAGAUGGAAGGUUACCUACACUAUGCAGAAUACAAAUCUUGAUACCUGCAAGAAACGGUGCCAGCCAUCAGGGACUGAGGCAUUACCAGAAGGAAUUGUUGCCAAAACAUCGGACUUCAAAAUCCGGCCUUUAUGGGGCACCUCAAAGAAAGAUAAAAACUCAACGCCUUCAAAGAGCUUGCUGGCCAUUGCAGUUGGAAUAAAACAGAAAGAAAUAGUGGACAAAAUUGUUCGGAAGUUUUUAUCAAGUGAUUUCGUGGUAAUGCUUUUCCAUUAUGAUGGUGCUGUGGAUAAGUGGAGGGAUUUACAUUGGAGUGAUACUGCCAUUCAUGUGUCUGUGAUGAACCAAACAAAAUGGUGGUUCGCAAAACGUUUCUUGCAUCCAGAUAUAGUGACUGAAUAUAAACAUAUUUUUCUCUGGGAUGAGGACCUUGGAGUUGAGAAUUUUGAUCCAGAACGAUAUCUAUCAGUUAUUUGGGAUGAGGGACUUGAAAUAUCACAGCCAGCACUUGAUCCUGUCAAAUCGGAGGUGUAUCAUCCAAUCACUGCACGUGUAAAGAAAUCAAAAGUGCACAGAAGGUUUUAUAAGUUCAAAGGCAGCGGAAGGUGUGACGAUCAAAGCUCUGGUCCUCCAUGUAUAGGUUGGGUGGAAAUGAUGGCACCUGUAUUCUCAAGAGCGGCUUGGCGAUGUGUAUGGUACAUGAUUCAGAACGACUUGGUCCAUGCAUGGGGAUUGGAUGAGCAACUUGGUUAUUGCGCACAAGGCGAUCGAAUGAAAAAUGUUGGCGUAGUUGACUCGGAAUAUAUAGUUCAUCUUGGUCUUCCUACACUUGGUGUCACAGAUGACAAUAAGGGUAUCAAUAACAUGGUUCACUCUCAGAAAGAGGACUCAAAAGCAUUGGCACCAUCUGGCCCUCCUAUACCCAGUGAUAGAGCUAAAGUUAGGAUGCAGUCCUUCAUUGACAUGCGGAUCUUUAAGGAAAGAUGGAGGAGUGCAGUGAAGGAGGAUAACUGUUGGGUUGACCCAUAUUGACUAUCAGCAAACUCAAUCAUCCAUAAAUUCUAUUCAUACAACUUCCUUCAUGUGAAAAUUCGGAGGUUGGUGGCCAUUAUUAUACACAGACAGCGCCAUCAGAUCAAAUAGCCUUCGACAAAUAUUUGGAGACCGACAAUGAAGAUGUGAUGUGAAAUGACAUCAUUAUUUUGUAUCCCUGGCUGGAAAUGGAAUGAUCAAUCCAUCAUUUCUGUUGUGAUUGCAUCACCUUUUGCUGUAAAUAUUACCAUGUAAAACCUAUAUAUUGAUGCAUCAAAACACUAUGAUGUAAUUUAAGAGU